UGUAUAUUUGCGUAGAUGGAAUUUUGACUUUUCAGAUGAUGUGUUUUUUAUGUCCAUUUUUUCCUUAUGCCUAUUUGCAAAACCCAUCACCCGUGAAGAGAGAGAGAGAGACUACACUAAUCUCUACAAUUGAUGCACUCUUCUUUUCAAAAUCAACUAUCUCAUCUCUCUCAUUAUUUUUGGUUUCUCCGUCGUUACCAUCUCUCAUCUCUUUCAAUCUCUUUGUGUUCUCCGUCGGAGCCUUUGUUCCAAAAUAAACUCUCCGAUUUCUAUUCUUUAGUCUCACCAGAGUCUCUAGGAUUUAUACAAUUGGCUCCAUCUCUUCUUAUAUGAGCUAGAAUCCUGGCAUCCUUGCACAAUCACGUCGUCCAUCUCCAUGGAUUCAGACCGUCCGCGAGAAAUAAGAGCCCACAAUCUAUGCCGCUUCUUCCCUUGAAUCCAGAGGUCCGAUCGAGCUGAUUCCUUAUGCUUUCGUUGCUCCGCCUGCUUCUCUGUUGACGGCUGUUGUAGACUAGAAAUCGGAGGAAUCUAAUGGUGAUUGCAGAUUGGGCAAUGCAAGGAUGAAACCAGUUUGUAAAAGGAGAGAGAAUGGAGCUUAUGAGCCGGAUAAUAGUUGUGUUAGCUGGAAAAUAUUGUUGUAUGGCUUUUUCUAUAUUUAUCUUCAUAAUCUUUAUUCUAAGUAACAUUAGCUUGUUAAUACUGUUGUUUUCGAUAUUCACGGGGCUAACGAUUUUUUUUUUUGAUAAGGACAACUCAGUUGGCUAAUAUAUAAGUUAGGAGGGUUAUACUUUGACUUAUACAAAUAUUUGGUAUGUUAGCUGGUAUCUAAUUUUGUUUACCGGAUAUUUAAGAAAUUGACGAUGUGAUAUUCUAGAUGUCAUCGAUGUGAGAGACAAGGUUUCACUUCUUAGAUUUAGGUUAGGUCAAGAGAGAUGAAUGAGAAUCGUGGGCUGAAUCCCGUAAAUAAACUUGAAGAAUGAAUAUGAUUUUAUUGAUGAGUUGAAAGAUGAUAAAUACAAAGGAAUGUAUCUUGUGAUGAUCAAAGAAUACGUAAUGCUUUUAAUCUAGUACAAAAGUUCAUCCAUGAAAAAAAAGAGAUCCCUUGUCUUUUAUCUUCUCCAUCUUUAUAUAGUCUAGGUUUCGUUGGCAACCCUUCAACUGUUCUCCUAGAUAUUUGGCUUCAAUUACGGAGCUCGCUUUAGGCUCCUCUUGACCGAGUCUCUUAAGGUGUUAGCUCACUUUCUGUCGCGACCUCUGCUAUGAUGUCUCCCAGGUCCAGUCGUCAGCUCGGCUUUCAGCUCCCUUUGUUAUGAUGGGCUUAUCGCAACCCACAUGCUAGCUCACGCUUAUCGGUACCUCACCUGAGGGUCAUAUUCGGGUCCAACAGUUGCCCCCAGCUUCCGAAUAAAAUCCUUUGUCUCGGAAGCUAGAAUCUAGCUAUCGAUCUUAUCUUUUCGUUAAGAUAAUGAUUAGUUCUUAUCCUAUUUAGAUUCAGCUUACUCGAUCUAACGGUCUUUAUUACGUUUGGCAGAAUCUAUGGUUCAAAUGGAGAGGGUUUGAAAUGACUUUUCCGAAUCUCGAGAGGUGAUGGGAUAUAAAGCGGUGAACAUUAACUGCUAGCCUUCCACUUUCUCCACGCCUCCGUUCGGUUUUCAAGGUAACUUCUCUCUCUUUAUUUUACUGCGAUUUUUUUUAUCUUCCUCGUUACUUUUCUCUGCAAAUUCUCUCCCAAACCUUGCAAUCGAUUUUCUCCUUAACCUUCCCAUACUAUGGAUCAUCCGAAAGAAGGUUCCGGGGAAUCCGGGAUGCCUCCCUCUGCUUCUGGAGCUAAACUACUGAAAGUUAAGCAAGAAAUCGGAGCCAAGAUGAGGAAGGGGAAAAAGACAGCCAGGGAGGCAAUCGCGACCAGAGUUUCUAAACGGAAGAAGAAAGACGAUUCUAGUGGGAGCAGUCCUCACUCGCCUUCGUUGCUGAAAAAUCAAGACGUGGUUAACCUCAUGGUUCAAGCUCUCGCCCAAAAGGAGCUUGGCCGUGCCUGUAAUUCUGACGAAACCCCCGAGACCGCUCCGGAGGGUUGGUUCUGUUGCCAUGAGAAGUACAUCUCCAAGUCUCACUUGAGAUUUCCUCUUCCGACCCUACUGCUUGAUCUACUAGAUCAUUAUCAGUUAGCCCUUUCCCAACUCUGUCCCUCGGUUAUCCGGGUGAUAAACGGCUUUAUCACUAGGUCCAAAGAGGAGGGGGUUAGCGUCGGUCUUACCGAACUUAUGAGCCUCUUUUCCCUGAAGGAAAGCGCCUCUAAGGAGGGUGGUACCGGGACCUACUACCUCCCUAGUCGUCCCAAUCAUGUUAUCUUCAGAUUCUCUAGUAGUGAUGAUGACUGGAGGAAGAAGUAUUUUUACGUUAAAGUUGAUCCUUCGACGGUUCCUGUGGGUCGGAACCUUAGGGUCACUUGGACUAAUCCAUCUGGUUAGGAAUUCUAGGGAUAUGCUUUUUCGUUUUAUUCAUUUAUGGCCGAGUAACCUUUUGCUCUGAUUUACUUGCAGAAAUCGAAGAUCCCCCGAAGCUCUCUACCAAGCUCACCAGGGCUCUAUACCGCAAGUUGCAACAGAGUCCCUGUACCUGGGUGGCCUACACCACUUCUCGAAUAAGUGCAGCCAGAUUCCCAGAUACCUACAACGCCUCUUUCCAAGAUCCCAUUCCUGCUGAGAACCUUGAGAGUGAGUUCUUGUCCGAACCUUUUCAAUGAUUUUAUCGCUUUGAAGUUUUUAAACUUAAGGAUUUCCAUUGUUCCAGUUUCGGCAGGCGAUUCGGUUGUAUCGAUCUCAACUGGUGCUAGUGCUUCGGGAACUGAAAAGUCUCAGCCAGGUGACAUGACUCUGCGACCGUCAUUCCGUUCUAGGGGUAACCCCUCUAAAGCUGCCAGUGCUUCUCGUGGAAGCGACAGGAACCAAGGAGGAUCGUUCCUUAUCUCAAUGAAGGAAGUUUUGGACGACGGAGGAUCCAAACCUGUUGUCGAGACUGCUCCAACUGAGGUUGUAGCUCAGGAUGCUGCUCCUCUCCCUGAGGUCCAGGUGCCGGAGGCUGACUACCAGGCUCCGAAGGGUACCUCUGAGAUCGAGCCGUCGAGACACAAGAGGCCCAGGAUCGAUCAGGGCGGAGCUUCCAUCCGUUCUUCUUCCUCGUCCUCUAGAGGAGGGACUGUUGGGUGGAGCUUUACCCAUUCGAAGCCUGGGUCGAUCCUGGAUGACUCUUGGGGCCUAGCUGCGAUAAUGAGGCACCUGAAGAGCGUGGGAUGUCCCCUUCCAGCGCUCAAGGACCUGACUAACCGAGAUGAGUAUCUCGAUAUUGCCCACUGUAUGGGUCAGUUGGCUGGGGCUGUUAACAGGGCCCAGCUCAGGUUUGAGAAUGCUCUGUGUGCUGCCCCCAAUGCUGGUGAACUUGCUGAGGUUACCGAGAUGGUUAAGGCAGCCAAAACCGAUCUUGACCAAGCCCGGGUUCGAAUUUCUGAACUCGAAGCCGAAGUGACGAGGCUAGGCUCGAAGGCCGAUGCUCAGCAAGGAGAGAUCGAGAGUCAAAAGCUCGAUAUCCAGGUGAAGAGCAGGAGGAUCAAUGAUUUAGAGGCUGCUCGAAAGAUAGCUGAGCAUCAAGUACGUGAGCUCAUUGCCUCAUCCCGGGAUAGCCAGAAGAACAAGGAAGCUGAAGUCAAGCUGGCUGUCAGGGAAGGGAAGAAAGAAGUCGCCGAAGCUUACGGCAAGAUCCUGGUCUGUGUUAAGGAGAAGUUUGCUAGGAAGAAAGAUGAGGUCGACGCUUUGGUGUACGCUCAGGAGCUCCAAGCUAAUGCCGACCUCUUGAAGGAUAUGCUGAACAACAAGAUCCAAAGCGUUGAAGAGGAGUACAACCAAUUGGUGGCCUUAUUACCAGAAGCGACAACUGCGUAUGAGAAGGCUCAAGUCUCUGACUUCUCGGUCAGCAAGCUUCCUCUUCCCCAGAUCUCGGAGAGUUCAGGUACUUUCGAGAUUAACAUGUUUAAUCCAUCCUUUUCUGGGGAGUAUGGCUCUAAUUUGGGUUUGAUGGCUCCUGACUUAGCUCCAGUCGAGGCAGCAAUAGGAGGUGACGGCAAUGUGGUCGAUGAGGGAGUUCCUGCCGGUGCUGGUGAUCCGAUUCAGGAAGAGAAGGAAGAUUGAGAGCUACGGCUCUUUUAACUUUAUGUUUUGUGUUUUUAAGACUUCGGCCUAAGGGCUUUGUUUCGUUAUGUUUUGUGACUUAGUGCCUGAGGAGGCCUUUAAACCUUAACGCUUGCUGGAUUUCAAUAGCCUGGGGAGGUUUUUAAACCCUUUCUUAUGUUUAAAUCGUGGCUAUUAUUUCUGUUUUAAGUUUUUGAACUUAACCUCGUUUCAUUUAAUCAUAGUGAUUGCGAAUCUCA